AAAUGAGCUGUGUCGGUGUUUGAACCAAGGUGCAGCGACCUGCAGAGGAAAUCCUGAUCGACGAGGAGAGAAAACCCGCUGCUGUUAGACACCACCUGUGGCUGCGACUUCUUCCUGCAACAACAAAUCUGCGCAAAAUGGUUGUGAUUCUGAAGCCGUGGACGAUCCUGGUGGCCAUCGCGCUGUGUGUGCUGGUGUGUCUGGGAGCACUGGCAGAUGCCUACCCUCCAAAACCAGAAAACCCCGGUGAGGAUGCACCACCUGAAGAGCUGGCCAAGUACUACACGGCCCUGAGACACUACAUCAACCUGAUCACCAGGCAGAGGUACGGAAAGCGUUCGGCUCAGGAGGACGUGGUUGCAGAGCUGCUGUUUGGUGGCGAUAGCAACAGAGAUCAGAGAUCAAGAUAUGAUGACUUAUACAUGUGGUGAAGCCGCCGCCCUUCUACCUCCUCAUCGGGCAUUCCCUUUGGGUGCAUCCCAGCAUGCACCUGGAGGGGCCAACAUGUGCCUCUCACCCCACCCCCCUGAGGCCAACAAUAUGAGCAUCACCGACCGGGUCUCAUCACGUCUCACAUCUCUGUCGUCACAACAAAGCUGUACAUAAUUUAUUAAUGAAACUAAACACACCUGAGAUCAGAGCAACCAAUCAGAAAGUGGAACGUCGUCAUGUGCAUGUGAGUGGGUGUGUGUGUGUGUGUGUGUGAGAGAGAGCGUUAAUGUCCUUCUAAUGUCUACUAUUGUUUAGAAAUUCUUGUAUCACUGUUGCGGCUAUAACAUCAGAGCACGUGAAUAAAACUGUUUUCUGUGAGAUUCAA